CUUCACGAAGCACAUUGCGGACUGCAUGUCACCGAACGGCUUCGAGGUAAAACCGGUGUGUGCAGCCGGAAUCGUUUUGUCGUUCGCGGUGACUGCGCCGCCCUUGACCGAUUUUUCACUGUCAGCAUUCGCUGAUCUGAUGGAAUGUGUGGAGACGCUGUUAUCAAAGAAACCUAACGAGUGUAGAAAAAGAGAAAGUUUCGACUUUUCGUCGGUCAUUAGCGAAGUCAGCUAUUCGCAGAUCGGUCUAGAUACAAUUUUUCGAAACCUAACGAAUGAAAAACUCGACCAGAUUUACGACUGAGCCAAUGCUGUCGACGCUUCUACCUAGUAGUUCGAAUGUAAUUGAUUCUUUUGCAGGUCCACCUCCACCUGUUCGUCCUCACAUUGAUUUUUUGCAGUAUCAAGUCCAUUUUGGAUCAACUCAGUGGUAUGAUACAUAAACGAAUUCGUUGAUAUGACACCUUCUUCGUUUCCACGACAUUGCGCAUAGACUGAUGAACACACCUGCCAAGUUUUGACACGAUCUUCCAGGAAAUGCUAAAUGAAUUCCAAGAAACAAUAAAAAGCAAGCAAAGCUGCAUAAAGUUGAAUGAUAAAAAGACCUUUGCUCCUUUAUUCCGCGCAUUUGCAGUGCUUGAUACGGCUACCGAGACUGGAUUGAAGGCUUGUAGUUCCUCUCGUACGUGGAACGAAGCAGCGCUCUAAAGAGGCAGACCCUGUUGGUAACUAAGUGAACGGAGAAACAAAAUAGUUUGAGCUGACGGCUCCUCUUCAAAAAGACUUUAUCUGAUGACGAAGCUCAGGGGCAGCACCAACAUGAGUUCCGCAUCAUCGUCACCCUCAGCAAUGCUGAAGUGCCGUCCACGACCGCGACGCCAAGGAGUGCCGCUUUUUGGAUCUGUGGCGGCCGGUGUGCUUUUUUCUGCGAAUCAGCACCCGAUCGGACGAGUGCUUUCGUCCGUGAUCGUUUCGGCGGGGAGUAUGAGUUCCGUUUCCGCAGCGAAAGACGAGAAGGCUUCUGAGGGACAGAAGCCGUCUGGAAGCGCAGCAGGAGCUGCUAGCGCAUCAUCGGGGUCCGAAGAAAAAAAGAAGAAAACAAGAAAGAAGAAAUCGAAAGAGAAAGUAAAAGACAAAAAAGAAUCGUCAACAACUACAACACCCUCAUCCACAGACACGGCUUCGUCUACACCCUCCGCUCCGGAGGAAGAGGAACCGCGGGAACCUUCACCCUACAUGCUGCAGCUAACCACGGACACCUUCGACAAUAUCGUGUACGGGGAUCUCAAGCAGGUUUCCACAUUCGUCAAGUUCUACGCGCCCUGGUGCGGCCACUGCAAGGCGUUACGCCCGGCCUGGGACAAGCUCGCCGAGGUGUGGCACAGCGACGGCUCGGUGCAGAUUGCGGACGUGAACUGCGAGGAGAACGGGGAAUUGUGCUACAGAUUCCGAGUUUCCGGCUAUCCAACGUUGCGCUAUUUCACGGACGAGACCGGGGAGGAGGGCGAAGUGUACGAGUAUCAGCGUGAAGAAUUCUUUUUGAAGAAGUGGGUCGCGACCAGGUUAGCGAAGAAGUGCGGACCUCACACGCAAGCGGGCUGCUCACCGGAAGAAUUGAAAAUGCUGCGGCGCUUCGUCGGAACAACGCGUGCCGAGCGGCAGCGGGCGUUGGGCGAUGCGCAAGCGGUUAUUGAGGACCCGACGGUGUCGAUCGUGGACGUCGCAAGGGCGACGAAGAAGAAAGCAUUGUUGGAACAGUUGCUGAAUGCGAAGAAGGCAGCUGAUGGGGUGGACGACGAUGAUGACGAUGGAGCUCUUCAGCGGAAUUUGAAGGCGAAUAAAGCGAAAGCACAGGACAAGAAGGAAGGGUUCCAAACGCAAAGGGAGAAAAGUGAGAAAGAGAAAAAGGCAAAGGAAAAGCUUGAGAAGAAGCAGGAAAAAAAUGCAGUAAAAAAAGACAAGCAGAUAAAAAAGGCGAAAGCAAAAAAAAAUUCCGAGGAAGAAGUAAAUCUUUGGGAACAAGAUCCAGACGAGGACGAAGAACUUUGAAAAUUUCGCUGUUGCAGCACAUGACGAACGAUGAGAAUGUCGGGCAGUCUUGAUGUGCAUUUCUGAUUCAUUUUUGCCUUCUCGUGCAUUCACCUGACUUUGAGUGUGCGGGUCAUAAACCGUGAUCGAUAGAUACAUCUAUGAAUAAAUGAUUCUUGAUGUUCGCCUUCGCCAGACAUGUUUUUCUUUUUUGUUUUUUCAUAUGUCCCAAGAAGAAGAGCCAUCGUCUCAUCACAAAUCGGG